AUGGCUGUCCCGGAGUGGACCCUCGCAGACUUCAUUCACCGGGGAUAUUGGUGGCACAAUCGUGGCAUCUUACUUUUAAACAUAUGCCUGCUAUUGCCUCUGUUGUCGGCUGCCGUGAAUGGUCUCGAUUCCUCUAUGCUUAAUGGCUUGCAAAUUCUUCCUGGAUGGCAGAAUUACUUCCACUGGCCACAGGGCGAAACGUUAGGUCUCAUCAAUUCAGCCCAAGGCAUUGGCGCUCUAGUUGGAAUCCCAUUCUCUCCUUUUUUGUCCGACGCCUUUGGUCGACGAGCAACCUUGUUCGUCGGAUCUAUCAUAAUGCUCGCCGGUGUUGCGACCCAAUCUGCUGCACAAAAUGUUGCAAUGUUCAUUGGUGCCAGAGUCAUUCUUGGCGUAGGCCUCGCGUUUUCUCUUAAUGCCGCGCCAUUGCUCAUUAGUGAGCUUUCGUAUCCAACUCAGCGCGGUAAAGCCAGCUCUCUAUUCAACACACUGUGGUAUAUCGGCAGUAUUGUUUCUGCCUGGAUAUGUCUUGGAGCCUACGAUAGAGCAGGAGCUUCACCUUGGUCAUGGAGAGUCCCUGCCCUUGUUCAAGCCCUGGCGCCUAUGUUACAGGCCUGUUUAGUCUGGUUUAUUCCAGAAAGUCCUCGUUUCCUCGUGUCCAAAGGUCUAGAAUCCCAAGCUGCUCGUAUUUUAGCUCGCUAUCACGCGAACAACGGGGAUGACCGUGAUCCGCUCGUCCAAUUCGAGAUGGCACAGAUUCGGCACGCUCUAAAAUUGGAAAAGGAAAUUAACAAGGGUACUUCCUAUUGGACACUCUUCGCGACACCAGGAAACAGAAGGCGUAUGGUGACAAUCAUCGGCAUUGCCAUGUUUUCGCAGUGGAGUGGUAACGGUCUCGUGUCCUAUUAUAUUAACAUAGUCUUGGAUGGUGUUGGUAUAACAAGUACGCGCACCAAAGAGGCGAUAAACGGUGGCCUGCAGGUCUUCAAUUUGAUUAGUGCACUCUCAGGCGCUAUGCUCGUAGAUAAAAUAGGCCGAAGGAAGGUUUUCAUUAUCUCGAACAUUGGCAUGCUGUGUCUAGACUUUUCAAUGUGGACACUUACAACCGCUCUUUUUAAUACGUCUGGUAAUAGUGCGGCAGCCAAAGCCACCGUUCCGCUCAUUUUUAUAUAUUACUUCUUCUACGACUUCGCCUACACGCCAAUGCUGGUGGCAUAUACCUUGGAAAUUCUGCCAUACAAUAUUCGUGCUAGGGGGUAUGCGGUUAUGAAUUUCACUGUGUAUCUGACAAUCGCUUUUAAUCAGUUUGUGAAUCCAUGGGCUUUGAAUGCUAUAGGAUGGAAAUAUUACCUAGUGUACUGCGGAUGGCUCAUUUUGGAGCUAGUAUUCGUUUUUGUUUACAUCAUUGAAACGAGAGGUCGUACACUUGAAGAAACUGCUGUUCUAUUUGAUGGUGACAAAGCCCCUCAAGACCUGGCUGACAGGGGUGGAGAAGCAGCUACAUUGACAAUGAGCAGGCCACAAAUUGCCGGACCAUCACGCCCAGAAAAGGACGCAUCAGACGAAUACCUCGAGCUGCAGGAAGGCAGCGGAGUACGUAACUACUCGAGGACGCAAUCACAAACAGACUCACAGUCAGAGGAAUCCGCAAUCGCUAUUACUGUUGCAGUAUAA